ACACCCAUGUACUUCUUCCUUUCAAACCUGUCCUUUUUAGACAUCUGUUUCACCUCCACCACCAUCCCAAAGAUGCUGGUGAACAUCCAGAUACAGAGCAAGGCUAUCACCUAUGCAGGCUGCAUCACCCAGAUGUUCUUUUACUUGCUUUUUUCAGUGUUGGACAACUUUCUCUUGACCGUGAUGGCGUAUGACAGGUUUGUGGCCAUCUGUCACCCUCUGUACUACAGGGUCAUCAUGAACCCCUGGCUCUGUGGACUGCUGGUUCUGGCAUCCUGGAUUCUGAGUGCCCUACAUUCCCUGUUACAAAGCUUAACAGUGUUGCAGCUGUCCUUCUGUUCACUUCCAGAAAUCCCUCAUUUUUUCUGCGAGCUUAUACAAGUGGUUCACCUUGCCUGUUCUGACACUUUUCUUAAUGACAUGAUGAUGUAUUUUGCAUCUGUGCUGCUGGUUGGUGUUCUCCUUGCUGGUAUUGUUUAUUCUUAUGGUAAGAUAGUUUCCUCCAUACGAGCAAUGUCAUCAGCUCAGGGGAAGUACAAAGCCUUUUCCACCUGUGCCUCUCAUCUGUCUGUUGUCUCCUUAUUUUAUUGUACAAGUCUAGGUGUGUACCUUAGCUCUGCUGUGACCCAUGACACACACUCAAGUGCAACAGCCUCGGUGAUGUACAGCGUGAUCACCCCCAAGCUGAAUCCCUUCAUCUACAUUCUGAGGAAUAAAGACAUAAAUGGGGCUCUGAGAAGAUUCUUCACAAGAAAGCCAUAA